UCCAACUCACAAAAAGUUAGACUAAUGAUUAUAUUUUAGUUAACUGGACAAUUAAAUGUAAAAAUGUUGGCUUUACUAGAGAAAAGACAUUGGUUCAACAAUCGUUGGACCAACCUAGUAUUGAUUGUAAAUUCGAUUUGUAAAUGCAAGUUAACAAGCAUACAAGUUGGGUUGGAGGUUGGAGCAUGCGCACUGUAACAACCACGAAGUUGGCGCAUGUGCAGUGAAGCGCGCCAACACCGAACAGACUGGACAGACGAAGGAGCCAUUUUGAGCGUCUGCAUGCGAGACCUACGGGUUAUCUCGCGUCCAACGUGUUUCUUAAAGUCAUCGUUUUAUGUAAGUAAUAAGUAGGAUAUAUGCAUUUAUUUUGAAGUCGUUUGUAAAAGUAGUAAGUAUAUUGAUCGCAGAGCCCUGGUUACGGCUAACGUUAGUAAUGCACGACUGAGCUCAAAGUCAGUGAAAAUCUGCACAUUUUUUCCUUGUGCCCUUCGAUGCCUGGCUAGGCUUUCUCACGUGUUUCCAGACUACUCGACGGAGUCGACAAGACUGCAAACGUCUCAUUUAAAAUUUCGGCACUCAUCAGCACAUGCAGUGCAAAAUAUGCAAAUUUUCACACUCUGCUCAAGAUGUCCUUCUGAAACACAUUAGACUACGACAUGGAGGAGGAACAAAUUGGCCCUGUUUUUAUGACAAUUGUGUCUGCACCUUCAAAAACCCAAGUUCACUUAAAUCACAUCUUUCCAAAAUACACAACACAAGAAGAAAAAGAAUAGAAAAUUCCACAUUUUUGUGUGAUUUGUGUGAUUUCAACGAGAUCUGCACUGAAACCCAGUUAUUCUCUCAUCUUGGAAAACAUCUAAGGAAUAAAGAAACUCUUCUGUGCCCCUUUCAGAGAUGUGGAUUAAAAACAAACAAUCUCUCAACCUUUAGCAGUCAUAGAACAAGAAAACAUAAAAAUCACACCAUCAAAGAUUUCAGAUUAGUACGUAAGGAAUCAGAAAAAGACUUGGAUGACACAGAGCCUGAGGUGGACCGUGAUCUUGAUGUAGGACCUUCAUCACAUGACCAAGAAGAAUCUACAGAACAGAACACAGAAAGUGUUGAUGCUGAGACGCGUGAACAUAAACUUGCGCAUCUUUUUCUUUCUAUGCAAACUGUAUUGCAUAUUUCUAAAAGUGCAAUACAAAAAAUAGUGGAGCAGUUCCAUGACAUUUUCUAUUUUUCUAAGUUCCUUGCUGUUGAUAAAGUAAGAGAAAUACUUGCUAAUCAUAACAUAUCAGAUUGUCAGGUUGUCCAAGACUUUACAGAUGCAAUAUUUCAAACAAAUCCUCUUCUUGUAACUACAUCUCCACGAGGCAAAUUAUCUACAGAUUACAGAAGAAAUUUAUAUUUUAAAGAGCAAUUUGCAGUGAUUGAACCUACUGAAUAUUUGUAUGACAAGUCCAAAAAAAAUUCUUAUGUUUAUGUUUCUAUUACAAAGCAGCUACAAUGUUUAUUAGGCCAUAAAGAGUUUAUAGACAAGGUUGUAUUUAAUCAGGAGUCUUUGCCUGGCUAUUACAAGUCUUUUCAAGAUGGAAGAUACUACAAAGAGAACAAACUGUUAGGUGAAGAGGAGAUUAGUAUUUCUUUAGGGUUAUACAUUGAUGACUUCGAAGUCUGCAACCCUCUCGGCACCUCAAGAAAGAUACAUAAAAUUACUGCUGUAUAUUGGGUCGUUCUGAAUUUACCAUCAAAAAGUCGUUCCACUCUCAAUUUAAUUAAUCUUGCAGCUCUGGGAAAGAGUGAUGAUGUGCGAUUGUUUGGCUAUGAAAAGUUCCUCGACCCAUUAAUAAAGGAUGUAAAGUCCCUGGAACAGGUGGGGAUAUUUGCUCCAGCUUUACAGCAGUACAUAAAGGGUACUGUGUUUUGCAUUUGUGCAGACAAUCUUGGUGCCCAUGGCCUUGCAGGCUUCCAAGAAAGCUUCAUUGUUGAGAAAUUUUGCAGAUUCUGCUUAAUAUCUCAAAAACAAAUUGCCAACACUGAGCCUGGAGAUUUUUUGUUAAGAACUCCAGAACAACACAACUCUCUGGUAGAGGAACUUCAAAAAGGUGACCAGCCCCAAAGUCUGAAUGGUGUGAAAAGGGAGUGUGUUCUCAGUAAGCACUUAUCCUACUUCCAUCCAAUCACAGGAUUUCCUGCAGAUGUUUUACAUGACUUUUUUGAAGGCAUUAUUCCUGUUGAACUAUCUCUGUGUCAUAAGGACUUGAUUUCAAAAGGAUUUAUAUCACUAGAUGAACUGAACAUCCGUAUCAAGUCAUUCCCUUACAAAUAUGCGGACCGUGUAAAUAAACCUCAGAAAAUUCCUAAAUCUAGUUUUGCCAAGGGAACAAUUGGUGGCAAUGGACACGAAAAUUGGACACUCUUGCGAUUGCUACCUCUCAUUAUGGGAAGCAGUAUCCCUGAAAAUGACCCGGCGUGGGAGAUUUUGAUGGACCUCAAACAGAUUGUAGAAUUGGUUGUAUCUACAAAGUUUUCAGAAGAGACAUUAUGCUAUUUGGAGGCUAAAAUAGCAGAUCAUCGGAAGUUACUCACGGAGACAUUUCCACAUUUCAAAAUACGACCAAAACACCACUUUGUCGACCAUUACCCACACCUGAUCCGCUGCUUUGGGCCAUUAGUGGAAUUAUGGACCAUCAGAUUUGAGGCUUAGCACAGUUUUUUUCAAAAAAGUGGUGCACGAUACCCACAAUUUCAAGAAUGUGCUUCUCACUCCGGCAACAAAGCAUCAGCAAAUGUCUGCAUAUUAUUUAGAAGGACAUUCUCUCUUCAAGCCACAGUUAUAUGUUGAAAACGUUAAAGUGGUUGAGAUCAGUUCUUUAGAUACAACACUGAGGGUAGCAGUCACCAAAAAAUGUCCUCAUAAGAAAACGGUUUCUUUAUGCUCUGAUGUACGUCUCCAAGGUGUCCGAUAUGUUAGGGACAUGAUCAUUUCUGCUGGCCAGUGCAGUGGUUUGCCAGAAUUCUUUAGGAUUGUUAGUAUUAUGAUUGAUGAAAACAAUGUAUCAUUUAUCUCUAAAAAAACUUUCAUCCUGGUAUUUGGAACAUUACAGAUCAUUUGAACUUACUGAAAGCAGUCACGCACGCAUAGAUAUUCUGGAGCCUGAGUCUUUGAAUGAUCCCAACCCACUGCAAGCAUAUAAAGUAGGAGGAAAGCUGCUGGUAUCUCUAAA